CAACAACACCAAACAACACCCAAAACAAGCCUAGAAAUUGGGACUGACAUAUCCAUCACUUCAAUGAAUGGAAGAAACCUUACGGUAAAGGGUAGUAGUAUUUUGCAUUUUUGUAAGCGAAAUUAUCUGCCGUUGGAUUCAUUAAGCAACCGUUUCAGUAUGUCUCGAGCGAGGAUUUUAAACCAAAAAUUCAAAAGUACAUUGGCCUCAAACUCGUCUUCUGGAUCUAUUCUCAUGGAAAAAAAAUUAGGAGCCAGAGUUUUGACACUAAACCGACCAGAAAAGCUGAAUGCACUCAAUCUAGAAAUGAUUGAUUCGCUUCAUUCCAAGCUUGUAAAGUUAGAACAAUCAGAAUUAGCAAAAGUAAUUGUACUACAGGGAAAAGGUCGGGCGUUCAGCUCUGGUGGUGAUGUGAAAGAUGCAGCUGGUCGUAUAAAGCAAGGGGAAUUAUCCAACGUCCGGAAAGCAUUUACAGAAGAAUACCGGUUAUGCCAUACAAUUGCUACAUAUAAGAAACCGGUAGUGGCAUUUAUGAAUGGAAUCACAAUGGGUGGGGGUGCUGGCUUAACCAUGCAUGCUCCUUUUCGAAUUGCUUGUGAAGACACCAAGUUUGCUAUGCCUGAAACAACCAUAGGCUACUUUACGGACGUGGGUUCUAGCUUUUUCUUUAACCGUAUGCCGUCUCAUGUAGGAAAGUUUCUUGCUUUAACAUCCAACGUCGUCAGUGGAGAAGAUUGUGUACCAUUGGGAAUUGCAACACAUUAUGUACCAAAGCACAUGUUUGAGGAACUCGAGAACAGACUUGCCGAUUUGAACACUUCUGAUCUUCAUAUGAUUAAUGACACUAUUUCUGAAUUCUGCGGUGAGUGUCCUCAACCUUCCUCUUUGUUGAACGUUGAGAACCUCCGACUUAUUGAUAGUUGCUUUGGCAUGAGAGACCCCGUCAGAAUUAUCCGUGCACUUGAGGAACAGGUUCAGUCCAAUAGUGAUGUCCCUGAUUUCGCCAAGCAAACACUCGAAACUUUACUCAAAAAGUCGCCUCUCUCUUUGGCAGUAACGAAUAGCCUCAUUGAGAGAGCCGGAAUGUGGACAAUUUCUGAAGCUUUAAUGUAUGACCAAAUUGUUUCUUAUCACAUGCUCAAUCAACCUGACUUCAUAAUUGGCGUGGAUGCUCAGCUCAUAAGCAAGACUAGAAAUCCUAAAUGGUCCUAUUCCUGGGAUCAUCAAUUUGGAGAUUUGGAGCAGGUUUAUAAAGUUCCUGAAGAAUACAAAAAUGGAAUUCAGUAUCAUUCGAAGGAUAGAUCCCAUUCGCGUUUAUGGGACUAUAACGCCUACCCAUAUAGAGCAUAA